AUGGCCCACAUGUUGGAUCUGGAUGAUGGCUGCCUGCGGAGGAUCUUCCUGUGCCUGGACCCUCUGCCUGAUCGCUUCAGUGUCGCCCAGGCAUGCAAGAGGUUCCAUUCAAUAAGCGGGAGCUGCAGCAUGUGGCUGAGAGUACAACACAAAUCGGCCUCCUUGGUGGCCUCUGGGUCAUCCACAUCACUGGGAUCCAGAGGAUCGGCUUCCACUGAGCCUGAACGUGAGGACAAGCUGCACACCACAUUGCAAUCCGCCGUCGCAGCCAGCAGACCUGGUGACACGAUUGUGUUGGAUGGCGGCGAGCCCCAUUGCGCAAAGGAUGUGGUCGUGCCUUGGCCACUGCAGAUCAAGGGUGGUGGGGCGGCACCAGAAGACACUGUGCUGACUUGUCCAAAGGGUGCAGAUGCGGCGCUGGACGUCAGGGCCUCUGGAAGAGUGGCCAAUUUGACGAUCCACACCUGCGUGGGUCCAUGCAUCUUGCACCGGGCGGGGCACCUGAGGGUGGAGACGUGCCAGCUGAAGUGUGACGCCCGUGGACUGGAGCACCUGUGUGCGCCUCUUGUCACAGUGGCAUCAGGAAACGCUGAUGCCCCCUGUGGCCCCCUCCGAGCAGGAGCCCUGACGGUCUCGGAGACACGCAUUGAGGGCGGCGACAAGGCAGUGCAGUGCCACGGAACUGGUGAGGUGCAGGGCGUCAGGGUGGCCUACCACCGAUCCAGGCCCUGCACCUUUUGGUUCGGCAUCGACUCCAACGUGCCCGGCUGCCAGCAGGUCGUCUUUGGAGGCGCCUGGGGGAGGAAGCGGCACAGGGAACCCGACACUGGGGCCCAGCAGGAUGGCCCAAAGAGGUCCAGGGAGGUCUCCUGA